ACAUGCUUCAUUAAGUUCCACUACAGAGAUGAUAAAAAUUGCAAACUAGAGAAAACAGGUUGGGAGUUAUAAACGUCGCAAAGCAGAAAUGGCCUCAAUCACCAUGACAGCAUCAUUCCUGGGCGGAGCAACCCUCUCCGGCCGGUCUUCCGCCACAACCCACCGGAGACUGGUCGUCACAAAGAGUGUCAACAAAGCCAGCUGUGAAGGAGAGAGAGUGAAGGUGAGGGAUGACAGCAAGAAAGAGUCCAACAAUAAUGGUAGGAGGGACUUAAUGUUUGCUGCUGCUGCUGCCGCCGCGGUUUGCUCUGCCGCUGGAAUUGCAGUGGCAGGUGAACCGAAACCGGGGAGCCCCGAAGCCAAGAAGUUCUAUGCUCCAGUUUGUGUGACCAUGCCAACAGCUAGGGUGUGCCGCAAGUGAAGACUUGUAUAGCUAGGUUAAUUUGGUCAUUAAUUGUGGUUCAAUUGAUUGGAAUUGAGCCAGAAGUUAUGUUCUAAACUUCUCAUCCAUAUGAAGUACUUGUAAUCUUGUAAUGAAAAAAAAUAAUAAUUGAAAAGAUUUUCUUUGGAAUGGUUGAAGGAAGCGUUAUCUUUGAUUAA